CUCUCAUCGAGAAAAAACAGCAGCCUUCGCCAAUCAAUUCCAGACGAACGCCUCGCUGUUACAUUAGGCUAUUUAGCAACUGGAGAAAGCUUUCACUCACUUGAGUACUCGUUCCGCAUUUCGCGACAAUCGAUUUCGUCAAUCGUCUAUGAAACAAGUCGUGCCCUUUAUCAAGUAUUGGCGCCCGAAUUUCUAAAAGUUCCCAGCACGGAAAGAGAGUGGCUGAUAUUCGCUGACAAAUUCGAGUCCAGGUGGAAUUUUCCUCAUGGUAUUGGUGCAAUUGACGGGAAACGGGUGAUCAUUCAGCAACCACCCAACUCGGGCUCCCAUUUUUACGAUUACAAAGGAAACAAUAGCAUUGUCCUCCUCGCUGUCUUUGGGCCUGAUUACCAGUGCAUUUGGGCGAGUGCGAGAACGAAUGGCCGUUCGCCAGACUGCCAUAUGGCAAAAUUGUGACCUAAAAAUGGCAUUAAGCUCAGCGGACAAUCCACUGAAUCUGCCCAAACCAAAACCCCUGCCGGGAAGGUCAAUGCUGGUCCCUUACGUUCUGACAGGAGAUGAUGCCUUUGCCCUAACAAGGUAUUUAAUGAAGCCAUUUCCACUGUCAGGGUUGUCAAGAGCCCAGCGCGUUUUCAAUUAUCGACUGUUUUGUAUGCGAAGGAUAUCGGAAAACGGUCUGGGAAUCAUUGGAAAUAGGUCGAGGGUAUUUAGAACCCCCAUUCUCUUACCUCCCGACAAGGUCAUUGCCUUGAUUAUGGUAGCAUUGGUACUACACAACUUUCUAAGGUAAGAUAUUGUAAAUUAUCUAUUACAGCGAUUUCUAGCAAAGAAAAAUAGGUAUUUUGAAGUUUUUGUGUUUUGGUCAACUGUGUGUAUUUUGGAAACAGAGACUGGUGGGCUCAAAGUUGAGUCCACCCACCCUUUUACCAAAUACAAUGUAACUCUAGCAUAAAAGGAAAAUGGAAAAUAGAAAGAGCAAGGAGAAAGAAAGGAUUAGAAGAAAAAAAACACAAGUAAUGGCAACAUUUGGCCUGUAAGGCUUUUCCUAAAAAGAGAGGGAGGGGCUUAACGCUUAAUAGAGGAUUUACGGUAUUUUAUACUGCAAUACCAUUCUUCAUUGUAAACCACUAUUACGUAUUCACUGAUAUUUUCAUUAAAAAUCAGGACUUCUUUAGUAUUAUAUGCCUACUUUGUACGCAUUAAUUGCUGUCUUCAGGGUGGAUGGAUUAACAGAUGUGGAGGAUGGUCAAGGAAAUAUUAUUCCAGCACCUUGGAGGUUGAGUGAUCAGCAAACUUCUUGGCUGGACUACCAUCCCCACUGUAGCAACAACUUCUCGAAUGAAGCGAGGGCUAUCAGGGAGGAGUACAUGACUUAUUUUAACUCUGAGGGUGCAGUACCAUGGCAGUGGGAACUUUGUGGAGUGUGA